GCUUCAGUUUGAUUCAGAAUUAUGUUGAAAGUCUUUCAUUUUGAUUUCCUGUAAUUUCCUGUAAUUCAAUAGUAGAAGGUAAAAAUAUUUGUUGGAGGAAGGAGCAGCGAAACAUUAGAUGAACUGCAGUCACAGGAAGUGCAGUCCUGAGUGAGUGAGCCAAAGCAGAUGUAACAGUUCACUAGACAUUCAGCGUAAGUCUGCCUUCUUCAAGCUGGUUUUUCUUUCUUUUUAAAAGAGUAAACAAGAUUGAAUAAGAUCGAGAGGGCAGACUUUCGAUAAUGGCAUAAUUACUUGUGUUUUACUGUAACUUUGUUUUCUGUUAGGGGGUCUGCUCUGGUUUUAAAAUUGUUCAUUUGGGUCAAGUAUCCAAACAGAACCACUGGCCCCUUCUGACUUAAAGCUGAGAUGAGCCUGGAGAGGAAUGUAGGUUGUCACCAGAGCUAUUUUGGCAAUGUCCAGUCGCUAAUGAUUGUGAUCACAGCGGAGUGCGCAGCAGUUGCUUUACUUGCUUCUUUUUCCUACCAGCAAGUGUGAUCAUGCUGCUCUUACAGGCGCUGCAGGGAUUAGGGAGUUAAACAAAUGGCGCGUCGGCUCCGCUUGCAUUUCGCGUCAAGGAGAAGCAACACGGACCCCCUGUCACAAAGCCCGAGCAGCCACGAUGAGGAGAGCGGAGUUGGUGCGUCUGUACGUAGUCCCACACAGAGUCUGGCGCACAGUUCUGUCCACUUGAAGGUGACUCCUCUGUCACCAGACUUUGCCAACAGUCAAUACUCUUCAGUUUUCAUACCGAGAGUUAACACUGGAGGGUGUAAUACGAAGAGCGUUCUACAAAUCUCACUGCAGCCCUGUGGACAGCUCAGUGGAGAGCAGGAUGGCAGCAUAGAGGAUGGAGACCCUGGGGUUAAUGAAGGCGGCGGAGGGUCGUGCCACAGCAGCAUGGCAAGUGAUGCUGGUUACUGCAGCAGCAACAGCAUCUUUGAACCGGAGCCUCCAGAAAAGCACAAGACCAACCACGAGAGAACUCGACUCUCCUGGAGAACCAGAGUCCCACUGCGGAGGUGCUCGUCUUUGGUUAUAUUUCCAAAAAGCCCCUGCAGCACUCCACCUGCCUCCCCAGUGAGUUCAGGAGCUUUGCCACCUCUCCUGCCAGCAAGAGGAUCUAGUCAUUCAACUCCUCAGUCAUCUACCAAUACAUUUUCACAAGACGACGAGGAAGUAAGUUACAAAGGGUCCACCACAGCUGCAGUCAGUUGCCAAAGUCAGCCAAGAGGAAACUGUUCAGCAGCUGAGGACUCGAAACACACGGUGCACUUUAAUCUGCCUGUACAGGAUAAACAGCAGUCCAAAGCUGAGAGCAGGAAUGCAGGGGCAGAAGUUUCAUCAGCUCCAGACAGGUCUAAUCGUCACUCAAGUAGUUUGCUGCUGCAUUUUACCCCCCACAGUCCACAGGGCUCGACAAAGGCAGCUCUCAGUAAGGAUGCAAAUGUGGAAUAUCCAGAGGCUCAUCACCCUACUAAUCGUGCUGAGCAUGUACAUGAUGGGAAAAAAAAACUGUAUCGCAGUACCUCUGCUUGUUUGUUUCCUUCUACAAAACCAUCGCCCAAAAGGAAGCCUUGUUUAACGGGGAAUGGCCAAGACUGGUCUGAGGAUGGUCGCUGUCACCGUGCCGUGCAAAGGAGUUUUUCCCUCGAGGUGCCGUACCCUAACACCGAAAUUUCAUGUCACGUUUCAAAACCGAAGCUCAGCAGCUCUUAUUCUCCCCAUGUGCAUAUUCAUUUGUCGCCCUGUUGCCCCACAAAGUUGCCCAACUCUACCAAUGAUGUAAACACAAGCCAUAAAUGGAAUAAUGAAACAAAGAGUUCAGGUCAGAGCACCAAGACACGUGAUGACUUCCUGGGACAAGUGGAUAUUCCUUUAAAUCAGAUACCGACAGAAAAUCCUAGUUCAGAAAGGCCAUACACAUUCAAGGAUUUUCUGCUCCACCCUCGAAGUCAUAAAUCAAGAGUCAAAGGAUAUCUGCGUCUCAGAAUGACCUACCUGCCAAACGACUCAGGGGAGGAAGCAGCUGACCAGACUGAAAACAAUGAUCAACCUGACUGGGAGUUUCUGGAGGGCCAAGACAUGUCGGGUCCACGACAAAGUCAGCUACAGCUUCCUUUGCCCCCAGGCUGGGAGGAGCGACAGGACAAUUUGGGAAGAAUUUACUAUGUCAACCAUGAAACCAGAACCACACAGUGGCAGCGACCCACAAUACAAGAAAGCCAACGCAGACUGAGCCUCUAUGCAGAUGGGGCACAUACCUACAUAACACGUAGGCAGAUCUCUGAGCCUGAUGAAAGUGCCCCCCAAGAGCCCUCUGAGAGCUGGGAGAUCCUUGGAGCAGAUGAAAUCCAAGCAGGAAGACGCAACAGUUACCGGCUCAGAUCCCCAUCACCCCAGGAACCGGCAGAAUUCCACUCCUUCUGCGAUGAGCUCGGAAACAUUCAUCUUUCACGAUCCCCUACUCAAAAUCACUGCAUGUCUCAGAUGAAUCACUUAAGUACCUCAAGACAUUCCAGCAUCAGUGAUUUUCAAUCUUCAACUGACGAGGAACAGCCAGUUAAUCCUGUGUUGCUUCCAACCUCAACCGGGUUGCCUCCAGGUUGGGAAGAGAAGAGGGACAGUAAAGGCAGACGCUACUAUGUCAACCACAACACCCGAACAACUUCAUGGUCCAGACCUGUUGUUCAGAGACCCUCAGACGCAGCAGGGCCAGCAUCAUUAGCACCAACAUCAGCAUCAUUAGCACCACCAGCACCGGCAUCAUUAGCACCAACAACACUGGCAUCAUUUGCAGCAACAUCACCAACAUCACCAUCUGCAGCGCCGAAGGUACCAUCUGAGAGUGGAGCCCCCCUGUCCCGCAGCCCCACAAUCUCAAUACAGCCCACAACGCCAGAGGAGCCAGUUCCACAUGGGGCUAGCGCUAAUGCUGCAUUUGAAUCUGCCUCGUUGCCUUCGGGCUGGGAGGUUCGCCACGCUAGCAACGGAAGGCUGUUUUUCAUUGAUCAUAACACAAAGACAACUACAUGGGAAGAUCCCAGAUUCCAGGUGAGGAGGAAACCCUCGCUUGACCCAUCUGAUCUCGGCCCUCUACCACCUGGCUGGGAGGAAAGGGUCCACUCAGAUGGGAGAAUCUUUUACAUAGAUCACGACAACAAGACCACACAGUGGGACGAUCCCAGGUUACAGAGUUCAUCUUUUACUGGACCAGCAGUGCCUUAUUCUCGAGAUUACAAACAAAAGUAUGACUACUUUCGAAAGAAGCUUAAGAAGCCGGCUGACAUCCCCAACCGCUUUGAGCUGAAGGUGAAACGAAACGAAGUGCUGGAGGAUUCCUAUCGACGUAUUGUGUCAGUGAAGACACCAGACCUGCUGAAGGCUCGACUCUGGAUAGAGUUUGUUGGAGAAAAGGGGCUCGACUAUGGUGGCGUGGCCAGAGAGUGGUUUUACCUCAUAUCUAAGGAGAUGUUCAACCCAUACUAUGGACUGUUUGAGUAUUCUGCCACGGACAACUACACGCUGCAGAUAAACCCAAACUCAGGUUUAUGUAAUGAAGACCACCUGUCCUACUUCAAAUUCAUUGGUCGUGUAGCUGGCAUGGCUGUGUUUCAUGGUAAACUUCUGGAUGCUUUUUUCAUUCGGCCUUUCUACAAAAUGGUGCUGCAGAAACCAAUCAUCCUGCAAGACUUGGAGUCUGUUGACAGUGAAUAUUUUAACUCCCUUAAGUGGAUUUUGGAAAAUGACCCAGAAGACUUGGACAUGAGGUUCACCAUCGAUGAAGAGCGCUUUGGAGAGACCCACCAACAUGAACUGAAGCCCGGUGGUGCUGACAUUGUUAUCACAAAUGAAAACAAGAAGGAAUAUAUUGACAUGGUGAUGCAGUGGAGAUUUGUGCACAGAGUGCAGAAGCAGAUGGCAGCUUUCAAAGAAGGAUUUUUCGAACUGGUACCAGAGGAUCUGAUUAAGAUCUUUGAUGAGAAUGAGCUUGAGUUGCUCAUGUGUGGUCUAGGAGACGUGGAUGUAAAUGACUGGAAAAAGCACACUAAAUACAAGAAUGGCUACUGUGCUGAGCACGCGGUUAUCGUCUGGUUCUGGAAAACGGUGCUGCUGAUGGAUGCAGAAAAGCGCAUUCGACUCUUGCAGUUUGUGACUGGAACAUCCCGGGUUCCCAUGAAUGGCUUUGCUGAACUCUAUGGGUCCAAUGGACCACAGCUGUUCACCAUCGAACAGUGGGGCACAAGGGACAAGUUACCGAGAGCUCACACAUGCUUCAACAGGCUGGACCUUCCUCCUUAUAAAUCUUUCGAGGAACUGAGGGAGAAGCUCGCCAUCGCCAUUGAAAAUACGCAAGGCUUUGAUGGGGUGGAUUAACACGCAUGCGGAGAGAUUACAUUAAAGCCAUCGCACUAAAGUGGGCAGUGUGACACUUGAAGGAAAGUCACACAACCUUCACUUCAGUUUUCUUCACAUAACACACGAGGAAAAGCUACAGAGACGGAGGUAUUUUGAUCUCAAACCACAUUAUCUAAAGUUUACAAAUCAGGUUUCUUGUUUUUUAAUUUUGAAUGCAAGUCGCUUAAAGGUGUAUUUAAUCUUAUGUUUGCUGCUGAAAUGCUUAGCUAUUUAAAAAAAAAAUCUGAUUCUAUGAAUUGAUGCCAAAAUAAUAACUGUGAAUAAAAGCUUUACAGAUUAUGUGAGUAAAAUCACUUUACGCUAAAUGAUGGUAAUUUGCAACAAACCAUGUAAUCGAGGACGCACUUAUUUUAGCAUCACCUUGAAUGGAAUAAAACACUGAAGAAUAUUUUUAUGGCAAGAAAUGUAGGUAUUAGGGGGGUUAAAUAGAUUGAUUUGGUGUUGUUUUUUUUAUUUUGUUCGAUACCUUUAGGGUGCUUAUCUCGCCGUCCUAGUAAUCCUUUCCUUUUUACUACUGAAAUACAUGUUAGGAGAUGAAAAUAAACUGUUUAAUACCCUAUGAGUUCUUGCAAACUGAAGAAUAGUCUAUACACUCAUUGAACUUAAAAAGGUCACUCCCACAAUUAGGUUUCAAUUUUUUUGAACAAGCAGUUGCUCAGUCCAGCUGUUUAUUUUAGUGAGCGGUCAUGUAAACAUCUCCCAUUGUGAUACAUUUAUGAAAACCUUUAUUUUUUUUUUAGAUCUUUUUUAAACGCAAGUACUGAUAUGUAGUCACUUUGCUAUAAUUUCAUGUAAACUUCUCUGAAAAAGUGAUGGACAGACAGACAUGGCACAAUGUGUAAGUUUACAUAUCACAUUCAGCUGAGUAGCUCGUGGUUUAAAUAUCAAAUAAGGCAUUUUUGUAAAAUAUAUAAAUAUUGAUUUUUUUUUUGGCACAGUAAUAAUCAUGCCAGAAAACAUAGGGGUCACUAA